GUCGAACAGCAACUGGAAUAAAUGCGAGAAGUUUAUUUUCAAGGAAGUGGGCGUGUCCGGAAGCAAAUAGCUGGUGCCAUUAUGUGAGUAGCUGCCUGUAGUUAGAGCUGUGUAGCAUAGACCCAGACCACUGUUAGAAGCUGUUCAAAGCUCAGAAGGCCAGUGAUGACUUUUGUCUCUAUAUUCUCCUUGUCACUGUCACUGGUCUUCGCUGUCUGAGUCCAAUUCAAUUUCCGGCUCUUUCGUUUCAGCAAUCUCUCUGCAAAUGGACCAGAAGUACACCCUGGUCCACAGCCACAGUAAUAAUGGCUGUAUCCCACUGCUGCUAUAACAUUUAGAAAUGCUUAAAAACUCGCUAUUAUGUGGCAAAUAACGGUGAGAUUAAUUAACCUGUUGCUCGUUAAUGUUGGAUGUUCAGGAAUAAUUUAUGAGUAACAUUACAGGUUUAUUCCACUUGCUAGGUAUACUAAAUAAGCUGGGUAGGUUAGCUGAGCUUCUCUACAGUGGGGUAAGCAUAUACAGUGGUCUGUUCAGGCAAUUCCUGAUUAAAAAAAUUUUUGACCUGUAAUAUUAGCAUAUUUUUCGUACCACACAGAAUACAAGUACGACUGAUUUGGACGAUGCUUGGAAUGUAUUGAGGAGGACAUCUGUUGGAUGUAAUACACAAAAAUAAGGGCUUAUUGUGUGCUCACAUCUCUCCAACUAGUACUAUUUUGUGGUUUUUUAUACAGCAUUUUCAACGAUGCAUUUCUCGACUCUCAAUGGAUCGACACGAAAAAGUUAAACAAUUACGUAUAGAUGUUCAUCAAUCCUAUAAGAUAGCACUGAACAUGUUCAAAUUCAUCUCAUAUUUUUGCAACAAUUUGUCAGUUCAGUUUGCUGUGGCAUGUAAAUUUGUAUAAAUUUGUUAGUGUUGAAGUUUCUAAGCAAAGCCACAUGGCGGCUUUGUGGCUAUAUUUAGUUCCUGCCAUGUGCAUAUAAUAGAUUGGUGCGGGAAGCAGGAAACAAACUGCAAAGGGAAGAGAGUUAUAAAAAAAUGCUACUUUUGCGCAAGCAAUUGCGAAUAGCUCAUUAAUAAUUAUAUUCAUGAGAAAAUAAAACUCCACGUAGGAGCAUGUGCUGGAACCAUUGCGGUUCGACUGGGGAAGAAACUGGUGAAGACCCAGUGAGGGUAGAGUAUAGCGGGGCAAGAGUGAGGUGGUGUUGGUCUAGCCGUACUGAGGAACACACUAUGGAGCAGAACCCAGCUCAGCAUUUCAAAUACCCAGACUAAACAAGCUAAAAAUGAAGAAACGCCUUCGAAGUGAUGACAACUGGCUGGAGGACGAAGGCUCGGGCAAUGUGGUUGUCGCAAAUACUAAGAGGUUUAAAGGUCGUUGUGUGGACUUCAUACAACAGUGGAGAGGCUAUGUGAUUCGUAUCAGCGGUGGCAAUGACAAGUAGGGCUUCCCCAUGAAGCAAGGUGUCCUCACUAAUGGCCGUGUUAAGCUCCUCCUCAAGAAGGGGCACAGACCCAGACGCACUUGAGAGAGGAAACGCAAGUCAGUGAGAGGCUGCAUAGUGGACAGCAACCUGAGUGUGCUCAAUCUAGUCAUCAUCAAGAAAGAUCUGUGCCCGGCCCUACACUGUGUUCCGAUGGUGUCCUGGUGCUAAGAUGCACUACAAGAGAACAGAGGUCUGCCAAUCAUGUGCCCAACUCAAGAACGUCUGUCAAACCUGUCUCCUUGGAUCUCCGGACUACAACAGAAUUGUCAACCAGCCAAGGCCGCAGCGAAGGAUCCUUUUAGAGGUAACUUCCUAGCAAACUAGUCUACAGCAGUUACUCUGCCAGGAUCUCCUGGUUUCCAAUGGAACAGUCUACCGCCAAUGCCACAGCGAAGGAUUAAUUCAGAGCAUUCGCCUCGUGCAAAGAAAGAUGCAACUAACUUUUAGGCAACUGCCUAGCAUUCUCUGUCGGGAUCUCCUGGUUUGGAACGGACCAGCCAAGGCCACAGCACUUCAUAGAUGGCAACGACCUCUGCGUACAUCCUGGUGGUGAAGAGGGAAGUGAGCUAUUCCUAGCGAUUUCAAGGGUGUCUUGCUCUUUUUGGAGCAGUAGUCGCCAAUUAGCUUCUUGGCCAACUCGUGACGAAAUGAGAGGAGGGUUUUCAGUGCGUUGGGCAUCUGUAGUACCCUCUGAGCUGAUCCCCUCUGUCGACACCCCCAUGAAGCGAUUAUAGUCCUCGAUGCUCUGUGGGCACGGGACGGAGAUUUUUUCGCCUGUCUUGAUUGUACGUUGUACAGAGAUGACCGAAGUGGCGUCAGAGGCUGUGGAGAUCACACGGACAACCCUAUUGUCGCUGAGACCGUCACCUUUUUCUUUCUAGAGAGUCAUGUAUUCCCCCCUGAAAAGGUAAAUAAUAAUUAUGCUUAUUACUUUCUGUCAGCUUUGGCUGCUUGAGAGCCUUGGAGAAGCCUCUGCGGUCAGCGUGAGCUGUACCACAAGUAUAAAUGCCAUCCU